AACACUGAAUUUUGCGUAAACAAAAACGACUGGAAUCAGAUGAUAUUUUGGUUUAUUCCCGCCUUUAAUACUAAGUUUGAGUUACAAAUAAAAAUAAAAACAAAAGAAUUUCGUCAUGCCAAUCCUGAUAAAGACUGAAAAUCCAGAUGGACUGGAAAAUUGGGGUAUAAUCGAAUUGCAGGGUGAUUUGGAGGUACGUGGCAAUCAAAUAAUGAGCGGACAAUUCAUUGGCGACCUAUGUUUCGAUAAAUAUGGAAAGCCGAUUUUGAUCAUUGGCCAUCACAUUUUACACGGCAAAGAGCAAGCACUCGACAAACCAUUCGCAGUUCUACAGAAGAGGCACCACAAUGCAGUAGCUGAUGAUGAAGUCAAUAUGAACGAAACUAAUUUGGACGUAAGCAACAUAUCAAUGGGUCGAACGAUAUUGGAUUCGACUAUUUCUAUUGAACAUAAAACUGUGCAAAAGACCGAAUAUUAUGUGCAGGCGAUUGUUAGGCGAAAAAUCAUAUUUAAGUCUCGACCGAAACCAAUUAUUGCGAAUGUUGCGAAGAAAGUGUGAAAGUGCCGGUGUGGAAGAGAGAAAAUAAAUUUAAUUUAUCAAUGCAAAUUAGUAAGUUUUUGGA